AUGGAGACUGGCUCUGUGGUCCGAGCCAUCUUUGACUUCUGCCCUAGCGUAUCAGAAGAACUGCCGCUCUUUGUGGGAGAUAUAAUUGAGGUGUUGGCAGUGGUGGAUGAAUUUUGGCUUCUAGGAAAGAAGGAGGAUGUUACAGGACAGUUCCCCAGCAGUUUUGUGGAAAUUGUGACCAUUCCCAGUCUAAAAGAGGGAGAGAGGCUGUUUGUCUGCAUCUGUGAGUUUACAUCCCAAGAAUUGAACAGUCUCCCCCUCCAUCGAGGUGACCUAGUGAUUCUCGAUGGCACUCCCACUGCAGGCUGGCUGCAGGGCCGGAGCUGCUGGGGUGCCUGGGGCUUCUUCCCAUCUUCGUGUGUUCGCGAGCUCUGCCUCUCCUCGCAAAGCCGGCAGUGGCACUCACAGAGCGCCCUGCUUCAGAUUCCUGAAUACUCCAUGGGACAGGCCCGGGCCCUGAUGGGGCUUUCUGCCCAGCUGGAUGAAGAGUUGGACUUCAGAGAAGGGGAUGUGAUUACCAUUAUUGGGGUUCCUGAACCAGGCUGGUUUGAAGGGGAGUUAGAGGGCCGAAGAGGCAUUUUCCCAGAGGGUUUUGUAGAGCUUUUGGGGCCCCUGAGGACUGUGGAGGAGUCGGUAAGUUCUGAAAAUCAAGAGGACUACAGUGUAAAUGGUGAAGAAGAUACCCCUGUAGUAGAUGAAAAAGGAGGGUCAGACGAGCAUGAGGGGCAGCCAGGCGCCUACGGGAUUGCCCUCUACAGAUUCCAAGCCCUGGAGCCCAAUGAGUUGGACUUUGAGGUAGGCGAUAAAAUCCGAAUUCUGGCGACCUUGGAAGAUGGCUGGCUAGAAGGGUCACUGAAGGGCAGGACAGGCAUCUUUCCUCACCGUUUUGUAAAGUUGUGUCCUGACACAACGGUGGAGGAAAACGUGGCUCUGCCCCAGGAAGGCAGUCUUACUGAGAUCCCCGAAUCUUCUUUGGGUUGUUUGGAGAACUCCUUAGUAGUGGAGGAACAAAGACAUGAAUCCUGUGAAUAUGAAGCAGAGAAGUCCAACUACGUUAUUUCUGAAACAUCCACUUCUCCCCUAGAUCAUCUGGCUUCUGAGUAUGAAGUAAACAGAAACUCGUAUCAGGAUGAAGACACCUCAGGAGGGCCCCCGCGAAGCCCCAGCAUGGAGCGGGACAAGCCUCUUGCCAAACACUCUUCCAUGACUGAUACUUCAGAGGUAGUCAAUGGUAUUUCCCCUCGACCUCAGGUAGCUUUUCAUCCCAAAUUGCAGCAAGACCAGUAUUAUUCUCCAGCAGGAGGGAGCCACCAAAGCUCAGCCCAGUACUCUGACCUUCCUCUAGAAGCACGGACUAGAGACUACUUUACCCUACCUCCCAAAGCAACGUAUUCCCAGCUGAAAACUCUUCAGAAGCCAGUGCACCCUCUUUACAGGGGCUCUUCAUUCUCAGCCCCUAGGGUAUGCAGACCCAGCCAGUUGAGGCCUCAGCUGCAGGGCCUGGCAAGAUUUGCUAAAAAACACCGCACACCCAAAGAAAAUGCCUCCAGCUUUUGCUCCGCAUCAGAGAGAUCAGAGCUGAAGCCUGGUCCCCAAAGCAAGGGGCCUGCUGUGGAGGUAAUAGCACUUUCACAGGGAGAUGGCAGCACUGACCUGGAUUCUAAAUUGACGCAACAACUGAUAGAGUUUGAGAAGAGUUUGUCAGGGCCCAGCACAGAGCCAGAUAAAAUUUUACGCCACUUUUCAAUCAUGGACUUCAACUCCGAGAAGGAUAUUGUCCGAGGUUCCUCAAAGUUAAGCCCCCAGCAGGAGCUGCCUGAGAGGAGAAAGGCCCUACGGCCACCGCCACCCCGGCCCUGUACUCCGGCCUCCACCUCCCCGCAUUUGCUAGUUGACCAGAACCUGAGACCUCCACCACCCUUGGCUGUACGACCCUCUCGCCCAGCUCCCCUGCCUCCCUCAGCACAGCAGAGAGUGAAUGCGGUGUCCCCCAGGCUCCUAGCCCAUCACCGUCCUAGCUGCGAGACACUAGAGAAGGAGGGCCCUGAGCACAUGGAAAAGAGUCUGGACCAAACUUCCCCAUGUCCCUUAGUAUUGGUGAGGAUUCAGGAAAUGGAACAGGACUUGGAUAUGUACAGCAGGGCUCAAGAGGAGCUCAACUUAAUGCUGGAGGAGAAGCAAGAUGAGUCAUUAAGAGCAGAGACCCUUGAGAAUCUCGAGUUCUAUGAGAAUAACAUUGAAAGUUUGAAUAUGGAACUCCAGCAACUUAGAGAAAUGACGCUCCUCUCGUCUCAGUCUUCAUCACUGGUGGCCCCUUCAGGGUCUGUGUCCACUGAAAACCCAGAGCAAAGGAUGCUGGAGAAGAGAGCCAAGGUGGUGGAAGAACUUCUUCAGACAGAAAGAGACUACAUUCGGGAUCUGGAAAUGUGUAUUGAGCGGAUCAUGGUACCCCUGCAGCAAGCACAGGUACCAAACAUUGAUUUUGAGGGACUUUUUGGAAAUAUGCAGAUGGUGAUUAAGGUCUCAAAGCAAUUAUUGGCUGCUCUGGAAAUCAGCGAUGCUGUAGGACCUGUGUUUCUUGAUCACCGGGAUGAACUUGAAGCAACAUACAAGGUUUACUGCCAGAAUCAUGAUGAGGCCAUUUCACUGCUGGAAAUCUACGAGAAGGAUGAGAAAAUCCAGAAGCAUCUUCAGGACUCCCUGGCAGAUCUGAAGAGCCUGUACACCGAAUGGGGAUGCACAAAUUAUAUUAACCUGGGCUCCUUCCUCAUCAAACCAGUACAAAGAGUAAUGCGUUACCCACUGCUGUUAAUGGAGUUGUUGAAUUCCACCCCAGAAUCCCACCCAGAUAAAGUGCCUUUAACCAGUGCAGUCCUUGCAGUCAAGGAAAUCAAUGUUAACAUUAAUGAAUAUAAACGUCGAAAGGAUCUGGUCCUCAAGUACCGUAAGGGUGAUGAAGACAGCCUUAUGGAGAAAAUUUCAAAACUGAACAUCCACUCCAUCAUCAAGAAAUCCAACCGAGUUAGCAGUCACCUGAAGCACCUCACUGGCUUUGCUCCUCAGAUAAAAGAUGAAGUAUUUGAAGAAACAGAAAAGAACUUCCGAAUGCAAGAAAGACUGAUUAAAUCCUUUAUCCGAGACCUAUCUCUCUACCUCCAGCAUAUCCGGGAAUCGGCAUGUGUGAAGGUUGUGGCUGCCGUGAGCAUGUGGGAUGUGUGCAUGGAGAGGGGACACCGGGACCUGGAGCAGUUUGAGAAGGUGCAUCGCUACAUCAGUGACCAGCUCUUCACAAAUUUUAAAGAGAGGACAGAACGGCUCGUCAUCUCUCCCUUAAAUCAGUUACUGAGCAUGUUUAUGGGGCCCCAUAAGCUGGUACAGAAACGCUUUGAUAAGCUCCUGGACUUCUAUAACUGUACGGAACGGGCAGAGAAGCUGAAGGACAAGAAGACCCUGGAGGAGCUGCAGUCUGCCCGGAACAACUACGAGGCCCUGAAUGCACAGCUGCUGGAUGAGCUGCCCAAGUUCCAGCAGUAUGCCCAGGGCCUCUUCACCAACUGCAUCCAUGGCUAUGCCGAGGCCCACUGCGACUUCGUGCACCAGGCUCUGGAGCAGUUGAAGCCGCUGCUUUCGUUACUUAAAGUGUCUGGCAGAGACGGAAACCUGAUCGCCAUCUUCCAUGAAGAGCACAGCAGAGCUCUGCAGCAGCUCCAGGUUUUCACCUUCUUCCCAGAGCCUCUUCCAGCUACCAGGAAGCCAUUUGAGAGGAAAACCGCUGACCGCCAGUCUGCUCGGAAGCCACUCCUGGGCUUGCCAAGUUACAUGCUACAGUCAGAAGAACUCCGGGCCACCCUUCUGGCAAGGUAUCCCCCUGAAAAACUCUUCCAAGCAGAGCGGAACUUCAAUGCUGCCCAGGACUUGGAUGUCUCACUGUUGGAAGGUGAUGUGGUGGGUGUGAUAAAAAAAAAAGACCCCAUGGGCAGUCAGAACCGCUGGCUAAUUGACAAUGGAGUCACCAAAGGCUUCGUGUACAGCUCCUUUCUAAAGCCCUACAGUCCUCGCCGCAGCCACUCAGAGGCCUCCGCAGGCAGCCACUCCCCCGCCGAGUCAGAGCAGGGCAGCUCCUGCCCCACCUUCCCGCGGCAGAACAGCAACAGCACCUUGACCUUCAACCCCGGCAGCAUGGCUGUGUCCUUUACCUCAGGGCCUUGCCAGAAGCAGCUUCAAGACACAUCUUUACUGAAGGAAUGUGACCAAGGAACUCUCAGUGCAUCUUUGAACCUGGUUAAUGUAGAGAGUGGUCCUUCCAGGUGCCUUUCAGACCCAGACUCCGCCUCUCAGCUCAGGCCAGGGGACUCUGCAGAUGGGGCCAGAGAUAUAAACCAACCUGCUGCCACCCUAAGGAGCUACCGAAAUGCCAGGCAUCCAGAAAUGGUUGGUUAUUCUGUACCAGGGCGAAACGGACAAGGUAAAGACCGAGAAAAAGAAGGAAGUGCAAGAGCAGCCCAGGCUCUGGAAGACAGAAAUGAAGAGCCAGAAAGCAGCGAGGCAGAAGGCAACCAGCUGACUGAAAAGGGUUAUCUGAAUCCUUGA